GUUUCAGAACAAUGCUGUUACAUUCCACAAUCUUUUAUAAAGGAAUUUGUAAAGAAUUGCACAAUAUAUGCAACUCAAAGAACUUUUCCAAAUCUAGUAGCUGCAAAACCAAUAAUCUCUAAUGCUUUCCUUAAUAGGGUUCAGGAUCAUUAUACUCAGUACUCUUGGGCUCGUGCAUUGACCAGCAAGUGGCCAAUUGAAGUGCCUGAUGUUCAUAUUAUUAAUAGGUGCCCAAGGCACCCACAGAGUCAAGGGCUUGUAAAACAUGCGAAUAAUAUACUUCAACAAAAAGUAUCUAAAUGGAUAGAAGAUAUACAAAGGAGAGAUUGGGUUCAUGCUAUACUAUUAUGCUGUUUAAAUGACGAUAAAAUGGUGAAUAAUGAUGAAAGAGUAGAUUAUGAUAAAAUGGUAAAUAAUGAUGAAAUAGUAGAUGAAAAUGAAAUGGUGGAUGAUGAUAAAAGGGUGGACAAUGAUGAAAGAGUACACAAUGAUAAAAGUGUGAAUGAUAAAAGAGUUGACAAUGAAAGAGUAGAUGACGAUGAACGUGUAGAUAUUGAAAGAGAAAAUUAUAGAAGUGUAUAUAAUGAAAGAGUGAAUGAUAAAGG